ACAUGAGGUAUUUCACAUUACCUGGCACCCAUGUGUUCUGCAUCGAAGAUAUCGAUGUUUUUUUUUUAUGUUAGUCCAGAGUGUUCGAUUAGAAAGCCUUACUGCGACGAGGAGGAACUGCAUUAAACGAAAAGCGCUAAUGGACGACAGAAGAAUAUGCGUCAGAUGGCAAAUCGAAGGUAAUUUAUGACGAAGUGUCCCACUGACACUUAACAGGUGGAUCAUAUCAAACAACAAAUAUGACAGCGUGGCCAUUUCUCAGUGCUUCCCAAACGUAAAUUUGAGCUCGUUGGCGUUCGGUCCAUAUAAAAAGUAUGAAAGCUUCAUUGUGAUAACGAUUGUUUAUCUAUAGUGCAUACACACACACCGACAUACGUGGACACAGAUAUUACUGAAUGUCUUAUGUCAGUUGUGCGCUGCUUAGUGAACAGCAAAAGUUCUUACCUUUAAAUUCAGCUACAACAAUUGGUGCCUGGGAACCUCAACACGUUAGUUCUCUUCUGUCCCUCACCUACAUGCUUUACCCUCUCCGGGCUGGCAUUUAUCGACCCAGUGAGGCAUUUUGCACAUAACGCUGUGAAUUUGUGGAAUAGCGAAGUCGAGAUCCGGCGCCUCUUCACAACGCCGGCUCCAGUUUUCUGCCGCGCCUAUCCCGUGAGACAUCAGCAAUUGUGCACAGCCGCGAUACACAGCCGGUCGUAUAGAGCAGGAAACAACUAAGGUGGUUCUGUGACACCGGCCGCCAGAAAUACGUCGACAAUUACGCGCAUCGGAACCCGCACCGGUGCUCCAUCGCUCUCGUAGCUCCUGUUCGGUGUUACCCUUCGCAAGCAAUAGCAAAGUUCGCAUGUUCGUAACGGAUACAGGUAUCCAAUAGAAAGAUAGUUACAAGCAGGUAUAUAGAUGUAAGAAAGAGUGACGCCGAUGCUGCUACUCAAUAAUCGAAGACAGACGCCCAUUUGGUCGGUGACUGUGAGCGGCAUUAAUGCAUCGUUUAUGCCGCUAUCUUAAAAGCUGAAUGUUUUCGUAUUGCUAGCUUGCCUACUUGUUCUAUCUCGCUCUCUAACAAAGUGGAGGUAAACAAGCAGACAGGCAAGGAGGGCUGCUUCUGCGGAUGUUAUUAGCGUUACUGUUACGCACCAAUGUUGCCUGGAUCAUCUUGAGUGAGUCGAGUUCGUGGAUGGGAGUUCCAAAACAAAAUUAACCUUUAUUUCCAUUGUGAAUGUUAGGGCUGUGUGUCGUGACGAUGAAAAUUUUAACUGUUUUACUGAUACCGCUCACAGAGUUGUGCAACGCUCUCGGCACACCUCUCAUGAUCAGUGAUGAUAGAAGGCCGUUCUACAAUAUCGCUCAUAUGGUAAAUUCAAUUCCCGAGAUUGAUUAUUAUCUAAAAAAGGGUGCCAAUGCUAUAGAGACGGACGUGAAUUUCUCUGUUGAGGGGCUAGCUAAGACAACAUACCACGGAGUACCUUGUGACUGUUUUCGACGCUGUAUGCUACGCUCGAACAUUGUGGACUUCUUACAAUACAUCCGAGAGCUGACUAAGGACGGCAACAAAACUGUAGCUAUGCUUAUGCUUGACUUAAAGGUACAAGAGCUUGCUAAGAGCACACAAACUUAUGCGGGUAUUGAUCUCUUCAGCAAAUUAGUUGAUUACCUUUGGUACCAAGUAAGCGAAACGAAUCGUGUAAACGUACUUAUCUCAAUUCCUCGAGCAGAAGACAAAAACAUAUUUAAAGGUUUUUUGGGAGAAUUGAGCAAGAGUGAGUAUCGUACAUACCGCAAUCGGAUUGGCUUUGAUGUUGGCCUAAACUCACAGCUGACCGAAAUCUCCUCGAUGUACGAUGCACUCGGUAUCUCUGAGAAUAUCUGGCAAGGUGACGGUAUUACUAACUGUCUUGUCGGUAUGAGGCCCGAUAAUCGUCUUCGCGAAGCCAUUGAACUCCGUGACGCCACUAAUGGAUACGUUCACAAAGUGUAUCAUUGGACAAUUGACUUGACUUCGGCCCUGGAAAAUUCUCUUCACAGUGGAGUCGAUGGCAUUAUAACGAAUCAUCCCGAGAGGGUAAAUUCUUUAGUGAACUAUGCGUAUGCUGCACGGUAUAGACUUGCCAACCAGACAGACUCCCCUUGGAAAAAGAUGCUGAAGAUUAGUAAAAGUGGAAGUAUAGCGGGCAGUCGAAGUGUUGUUUUCGACGUUAUUGUUAACCUCAUGGAACUUAGUCAGCAGGCGAUAGGAUACUUCUCUCGGUUACUUGUCCGCUAUCGACGGUGAAGAUAAAAGCUAUAGAAAACUAAAUUAUUCAAGAAACAGCCAGAGACGUAUUGACUGACGCUGAAAAAUAUCCAGAACCCUGCCUGUUUCGCGCGUACAGUGUAAUAACUCCGUUCGAAACUUCGUCAGUGAAAGCUGCAGUCGUCUUAGGGUAGAAUCACAGUUUCAAGAAACUCUAUAUGAGGCGCAUUGAUUGCGCUGUCAUCUUAUUAUUAACAUGAUUUCUCCUAUUAUUGCAAGUGUUAGGCGCGGCAACCUCUGAGUGAGCUAAUUAAUCGAAAUGUAUUGUACAUAAUUAAAAUGAAUAUGGGACUUAUGCACUGGUUAGUGCAGAAAUAUCUAUGCGAGGAUGAGUGAGGUCAAGUAUAGCCUAGAUAACAGAGCAUGGACAAGAACAUGGAUUCUUGACCUAACUGAGACGAUUAUACGUGUAAAUAAAAACUCGA